AUGCUUGCUAAUGUGAUCUUUUAUCUGGACGAGACACCGCGUGUCUGGUUUCAUACCCAUGAGGUCGAGCUCUCCAGCUGGGACAUAUUCAAAGAGAGGCUUCGCGACCUAUUCGGCAACCCAUCAGGUCGCCAACAGGCUGCGGGAAAAGAGCUUGCCACCGGUGUCCAGUCGCUGACCGAAUCAAAGGCAAGCACUGCUGGCACUGGGUCUGCUGCAACUCAGUGCCCAAUCUACAAACGGUUGCACACCUUCCUGGGAAACCUGCCUAUGAAUGACAGAAGCCUGGUACAAGAGAGCUUUCAGCUGGACAUGGUGGAGCGGCUGCCAGAGGGUGCAGAGAUUGUUGCCUCAAGACCGCCAUCAGAAGCGCAGAGCAGUCCAGACACCUUAAAUGUCGAGGCGUCGACCAGUCUGGCCUCGACCAAUCUGGCCCCGACCAGUGAGGCAUCGACGAGCCAGGCUUCAACACCUGCUGCAUCAUCCGAGAAAAGUCACACGCGCAAAAGGCGACAGCCGACAUCAUCUAUAGAUAAAGUUGUGCCGCUGCUAGAAAGGCAGGAAAACCGUGCCGAAAAGAUGGCUAAAAAGGAGUACAAGCUUUCCAUAAAGACGGUCAGUCUUCAGGAGGAGGCCAAUGACAUACACCGUGAAAUGGUCACCAUUAUCCGCCAAUACAUUGAAAGCCGGCAGGAGCGUCAACCUGACUGCCCAGACAGCCCCGAAUAA